AUGACUCCUCUCAGUGUUCAUUAGAAAUAUCUUAUUGAAGAUGAACCGGAUGAAGAGAUAUUCGAGUUCGAAGAAAAUACUAAAAUAACAUUUAAUGAAAGAAUGAUUGUUUGCAGUUACAAACCUUGGCAAAAUGUGAUACAAUUAUAAAAAACGAUUGAAAAACUUAAAGGAUACAAAAAUAUCAAUUGGAUCAACCCUGUCCUGAAUGGCGGAUCUGCUAUUCCCUCUCGAUCUAUUUUAAAGAACUCUUCUUUAGUUAAGCUUGAACAUUUUUAUUAAACUUGA